GCUCCCGGGUGCGGCCGCCGGUGAUGCGGUGCCGCAGGGGCAACGCCGCGCCGUGCCCAGCGCCGAGCACCCGGGACCGGCGGCUACGGGUGGGGCGGGGGUCACCGGGCUGCGCCCCCCCCGGGCUGACGGGAGGAGCGGGCCGGCGGGACGCGGCUCCUCGCCCGCGGUCCCUCCCCCCGCGCCGGUCCCUCCCCUCCAGCCGCCACAGCCACCGCCACCGCGGCUCCGGCAAAAGUUUUCGCCGGAGCGGCCGAGCGCGCCGGUCCCGGUCCCCGUCAGCACCGAGAUGCGCCCGGGAGCCGCCGCGAGCCCAGCCCCGACAGGGUCACCCGUGCUCCAUGGCCCUCGCUGCCAGGGCAGAGGAGCUGCUGAGGGCUGGUAGGAAGGCAGGUGCCCUGUACUGCUCCCCAUGCAGCUUGCAGCCCGGUGGAGGGAUGUCCCGGCCACGUCUCCUCAGCUUCCUGCUGCUGCUGCUCUGCUGCCAGGGCCCCUCUGCCCAGAUCACAGAUUACCUCUUUGAGAGCUGGAAGGCGUACAGUGAGGAGUGCCAGCGCAACAUGAGCCGCCUGCCCACACCCACAGAGCUGGUCUGUAACCGCACCUUCGACAAGUUCUCCUGCUGGCCCGACACACUGCCCAACAGGACUGCCAGUGUCCCCUGCCCCUGGUUCCUGCCCUGGUACCAGAAAGUGAAGCACAGACAUGUCUUCAAGACCUGUGGGCCAGAUGGGCAGUGGGUAAUGGGCCCCCAGGGACAGUCCCUGCGCAAUGCCACGCAGUGCGAGCUGGACGCAGAGGAUCUGAAGGUGCAGGAAAACUUUGCCAAGACCUACGGCAGCUUCAAGGUGAUGUACACUGUGGGGUACUCAGUGUCACUGUGUGCACUGCUCCUCGCCCUGGCCCUGCUGCUGGGCUUCAGCAAGCUGCACUGCAUGAGGAACUACAUCCACAUGAACCUCUUCGCCUCCUUCAUCCUGAAGGGUGUCUCCGUGCUGGUCAUCGACGCCCUCCUCAAGACCCACUACAGCGACAAGAUUGACGACUACAACGUGCACAUCUGGCUGAGCGACGAAGCAGCUGCAGGCUGCCGGGCGGCCACGGUCUUCAUGCAGUAUGGCAUCGUGGCCAACUACUGCUGGUUGCUGGUGGAGGGCAUCUACCUGCACAACCUCCUGGUGGUGGCCGUCUUCUCUGAGAGGAGCUACUUCACCCUCUACCUGUGCAUUGGCUGGGGAGCGCCCAUGCUGUUCCUCAUCCCCUGGGUCAUCGUGAAGUUCCUCUAUGAAAACAUCCAGUGCUGGACCACCAACAACAACAUGGGCUUCUGGUGGAUCCUUCGCUUCCCUGUGUUCUUGGCCAUCUUGAUCAACUUCUUCAUCUUCAUCCGCAUCAUCCAGAUCCUCGUCUCCAAGCUCCGUGCGCACCAAAUGCGCUACACUGACUACAAGUUCAGGCUGGCCAAGUCCACCCUGACACUGAUCCCGCUGCUGGGCAUCCAUGAAGUGGUCUUUGCCUUUGUCACGGAUGAGCAUGCCCAGGGCACACUGCGCUACGUCAAGCUCUUCUUUGACCUCUUUCUGAGCUCCUUCCAGGGGAUGCUGGUGGCCAUCCUCUACUGCUUCGUCAACAAGGAGGUGCAGGCAGAACUGCUGAAGAGGUGGCAGCGGUGGAAGCUGGGGAAGGACCUGGCGGAGGAGUACAAGCACACCUACAGCCAUGCAACCAGUGCCCGCAAUGGCGCCGGCAGCGCCUGCGAGAAGCACCAGCUGGUGAGCGGCUGUGCUAACGGGCUGGGGCGCAGCCCAGUACCUGCGCACCCGGGCACCCGCUACCUCGAGAGGACCGGCCGUAGCACCGCUGAGCACCUCCCACUGGGGGACCGGCACCACUGCUACGAGUUCCCUGAGACCACGGCCGAGAGCCACUUCUGAGCCCACAGACAGAGUGGGAGCGCUGUGCCAGCCCCACUGCCACAGGCCAAGCUGGCUGGGGCAGCCACUGCCUCCCUCCCCAGCCCCGUCCUCCUCUGGGCACUGCGCAGGCUGUGUGGGACCCUGCCCACCCCGGUGAGGAUGCUGCGCCGUGCCAGAUGUGCACGGGACAAUGGAUGCAGCUGGGCCAGCUGCGGGUGAGGCAUGGCGAGCAGGACCUGGACUGCUGUGGGGAGGGGAUCUGUGGGGUGGGGGGAAUCUGUGUGGGGGUGGGGGGUGGGGGUUCAUCCUGUGGUGCUGCCCUCAUGCGCCUUUGAGACCCUUUGCGCAGUGCUGUAAUUUAUCUGUUGUAACUGUAAAUAGGUGUGGGCCCGUGCUGGGCUGCAGGGCCA